GCACUCGGAAUGGCCUCUGGCGCCCCACAAGAGAGCCACCAGAGGGCCGGUGGCACAGAGGAGACCCUGGACUUCCUGGACGCCUUUCUGCGGGACUUCCCAGCCCCCCCAGGCCCCGAGAGCCCUGUGCCGUGGACAGCCCCGGGGGUGGCUCUUAGCCGGGAGGAGGUGCCAGGAGAGCUCACUGAGCUGGUGCGGAGAUUCCUGGAGAGCAGGAGCGCCCCCCCCGUGCUGGCCGCGGCCCUGGCCCACGCAGCCGUUUCCCUGGUGUUGCAGACAGACCUCUCGGAGUUCAGCAAGCCGCCUGGGCAUGAGGAGGAGGAGGAAGAGGACGACAAGGACCCUGUGACCUGCCUGGACGCCAGGGCCCUGGCACGGAUCCUCUUCACCCAACUCUGGGAUGUGUGCAGCCGGUGGCAGGAGCACGCGUCGCCCACCGCUGGGACUCCUCAGCGACAGUGGCUGGUCUCCGCCCACGCCAUCCGAAACACCCGCCGCAAAAUGGAAGACCGGCACGUGUCGCUGCUGGCGUUCAACCAGCUCUUUGGCCUGACCGAUGCCACGGACCGCGCCUAUUUUGCCGUGUUCGAUGGUCAUGGAGGAGUGGAUGCCGCACAGUUUGCCGCCACGCAUGUACACGCCAACGCUGCCCGCCAGCCCCAACUGUCCACAGACCCCGCAGGUGCCCUCAGGGAGGCCUUCCGGCUCACCGAUGAGAUGUUUCUGCGGAAAGCCAAGCGAGAGCGCUUACAGAGCGGUACCACGGGAGUGUGUGCGCUCAUCGUGGGCAGCACCCUGCACGUCGCCUGGCUGGGGGACUCCCAGGUCAUCCUGGUGCAGCAGGGGCAGGCUGUGAAGCUGAUGGAGCCUCACAGGCCCGAGCGGCAGGACGAGAGGGAGCGCAUCGAAGCGCUGGGUGGCUUCGUGUCUUACGUGGACUGCUGGCGAGUCAAUGGGACCCUGGCCGUCUCCAGGGCCAUCGGGGAUGUACUACAGAAGCCGUACGUGUCCGGCGAGGCAGACGCGGCCUCCCGGGAGUUGACUGGCUGCGAGGACUACCUGCUGCUCGCCUGUGACGGCUUUUUUGACUUCGUGCCUGCCCAGGAGGUCACGGGCCUGGUCCAGAACCACUUGGCCCGGCAGCAGGGCUGCGGGCUCCACGUCGCCGAGGAGCUCGUGGCCACGGCCCGGGAGCAAGGCUCCCGCGACAACAUCACCGUCCUGGUGGUCUUCCUCCGGGACCCCCGGGACCUGCUGGAGGGCCGGCUCCAGGGGGCUGGGGACUCGCCCGUCGCCCCGUCACAGCCCGAGGCGCUCGUGGCCCCGAGAAGCUAA